AAUGAAUGCUCGCUCACAAGUUUUCGAUCUAACCAUGGAGGGUCGUCAAGUGGACGAAGCUGUGGCAAGUAUAUUUCAUACGGUGCUAUUCCAUCGCUGCCUUGGUAAAUAUAUGUACACCGGCGAUGCUCAGUACUCCAUUGGUACUGUCGGCUAUACCGAUGUCGAUUGUGAUUUCAUUGACUUCACCUAUGUCUGCUGUACAUCAGAUAGUCUGCAACGUACCGUUAAACGGGCCAUUAAUGUUUUCAGUGAAAAACUGCGUUCCAAUGAAGGCUGUGGUUCGGGUCAAAUAAGUUUAGAAUUUUUCCAAAAGAAAAAAUCGCGAUGGCCCUUCACGGCCGAAUGUAUACCGUGGGAGGUGUGGACAAUACAUUUGGAUUUGAUAAAACAUGAAAAUGAAGAUGAACGGCAAAUGUGUCGUGAAAAUGUUGCCGAUCUGCUGACGGAUAAGGUGAUCUAUAUAACGGAAAUCAUGAAUAGACAUGAUUAUGUACCCAAGACACCGAGUCAAAGUGAAUUGGACUUGAUAUUCGAUACCACAUAUCCCGAUGUACAGCCGUAUCUAUUUAAAUUUGUCUCAUCCACAUCGAAUUCGGCAGCGCCCUCAAUGGGAAAUGCCAUGAAGAAAAUUAUUAAGGAGACGCUUGCAUUGUGACGCGUUGCAAAGCCGUUACUAUUAACGCAGCAAUC